GGUAGCUGGCCCUCGGCGGAGCCGGUGUGCGGAGAGGGCUCCUUCCCGCUGUGCUGUAAAUCCUCCCGCGCCGCUGGUGGGGCAGGCGGCUCUGGCUCGGUAGGCGCAGGAGGGAUCUGUCCCAGCCUCACCUUUCGUGCUCUUUGCGGUUGGCUUAACCCGUCUUUCCUAUGGCUGGGAUAUACAGCUCUACUCUGAAGACCCUGGAGGAUUUAACUUUGGACUCUGGUUAUGGGGCAGGGGAUUCCUGCAGGUCCCUUAGUCUCUCUUCUUCCAAGUCCAACUCCCAAGCCUUCACCUCUUCUCAGCACAGAGGCAACUGGUGGUACUACUCGGGCUCCAUGAACAGUAGGAAUAACAGCUGGGAUACCGUGAACACUGUUCUGCCGGAAGACCCCGAGGUUGCAGAUAUCUUUUCCAAGUGUCCUAAGCUGCCGGAUCUAGAGGAAUACCCUUGGACUGAUGAAGACAUUGGAAAAAUACUCAGAAAAGGGAAGGGAGAUGGCAAUACCAGAACCUUUUCUCAGGAAGCUGUCAGGCGGCUCUCGCAGUUACUGAGGCGCGCCUUGAUCAGGGUCUCCAGGGAAGCUCAACGGCUGAGUGUGAUGCACUCCAAGUGCACCAGGUUUGAGGUGCAGAGCGCUAUCAAGCUCAUCCAGAGCUGGUCGUUGUCAGAAAGCUGUGUCUUGGCGACUGUCAAGGCGCUCUCUCUGUACAGCAUGAGUGCUGGAGACGGACUGAGGAAAGGUAAAUCAGCUAGAUGUGGCCUCACCUUUUCAGUGGGGAGGUUUUUCAGGUGGAUGGUGGACACUAGGAUCUCAGUUAGGAUCCAUGAGUACGCAGCCAUCUCUUUAACCGCUUGCAUGGAAAACCUUGUAGAAGAGAUUAAGGCUAGGGUUUUGGCAAGUCAGAGCCCGGAUGGUGGAGGAGGGGAGAUCUCGGCUGAAAUCCUGGAGAUGGUUAUCAACAACGAUGCUGAACUUUGGGGAGUGUUGCAACCUUAUGAGCAUCUCAUCUGUGGAAAAAAUGCUAAUGGUAAGCUCUGUUUCUUUGACAGUUUGAACGUAAAGAAAGUAAGCCAGAGGUCUAACUCCGAUGGACGGGCUGAUGCGUACGCCCAGCUGGAACUCCGAACUUUAGAGCAGUCUCUGUUGGCAACCUGUGUUGGAAGCAUCUCUGAACUGAGUGAUUUGGUAUCACGAGCAAUGCACCACAUGCAGUGCUUGAACACCAUCCGCCCAGGAAUGAGCCCCAUUCGGCAAACCCGACAGCAGCAACCCAUCUCCUGGUCCCCUGAUGCUCUCCACACCCUCUACUAUUUCCUACGCUGUCCUCAAAUGGAGUCCAUGGAGAACCCCAACCUUGACCCUCCAAGAAUGACCCUGAACAAUGAACGACCCUUCAUGCUUCUGCCGCCGCUGAUGGAGUGGAUGAGAGUGGCUAUCACCUACGCUGAGCACCGGCGCAGUUUAACUGUGGACAGUGAUGAUAUCAGGCAGACAGCCAGACUGCUCUUACCUGGACUGGACUGCGAGCCCCGGCAGCUAAAACCUGAAUGCUGCUUUAGUUCCUUCCGGAGACUGGAUGCUAAGGCUGCUACUGAAAAAUUCCAGCAGGAUCUGGGUUUCCGAAUGCUAAACUGUGGAAGGACAGAUCUGAUCAACCAAGCAAUCGAUGCACUGGGACCUGACGGGGUUAACACCAUGGAUGAUCAGGGUAUGACCCCACUAAUGUAUGCCUGUGCUGCUGGAGAUGAAGCCAUGGUCCAAAUGCUUAUAGAUGCUGGAGCAAAUUUAGAUAUACCAGUUCCCAGUACCUCUCCACGAUACCCUUCAGUCCAUCCCGACAGCCGGCACUGGACUGCUCUUACCUUUGCUGUGUUACAUGGGCACAUCUCUGUUGUUCAGCUGCUCUUGGAUGCCGGUGCCCACGUUGAGGGCUCUGCCGUUAACAGUGGAGAAGACAACUAUGCCGAGACUCCUCUUCAGCUGGCUUCAGCAGCAGGGAACUACGAGUUGGUCAGCUUAUUGCUAAGCAGGGGUGCUGAUCCACUCCUGAGUAUGCUGGAAGUCAACGGCAUGUCUUCAUCGCUUCACGAAGAUAUGAAUUGCUUCAGUCACUCAGCUGCACACGGGCACAGGAAUGUUCUGCGCAAGCUCCUCACCCAGCCCCAGCAACUGAAGGGAGAUGUGCUCUCACUGGAGGAGAUUUUAGCUGAGGGAGUGGAGAGUGACACCUCCAGCCAGGGCAGCUCCAGCGAGGGGCAAGUCAGGCUGUGUAAAACAAGAAUGAAGGCUCUGCAGGAGGCCAUGUAUUACAGUGCUGAGCACGGCUACGUAGACAUCACCAUGGAGCUCAGGGCGCUUGGAGUCCCAUGGAAACUCCAUGUGUGGAUCGAGUCACUACGGACAACCUUCUACCAGUCUCGUUACUCAGUCGUACAGACCCUCUUACGGGAAUUUGUCACCAUUAAAGAAGAGGACUAUAAUGAAGAACUGGUUAAUGAAGGGUUGCAGCUCAUGUUUGAUAUCCUCAAAACCAGCAAAAAUGAUUCUAUCAAUCAGCAGCUUGCAUCCAUCUUCACUCACUGCUACGGCAGCAGUCCGAUACCCAGCAUUCCUGAAAUCCGAAAGACACUGCCAGCUCGGCUAGAUCCUCACUUUCUAAACAAUAAAGAAAUGUCUGAUGUAACUUUCUUAGUAGAAGGAAAGCUAUUUUAUGCACACAAAGUCCUGCUGGUUACUGCAUCUAACAGGUUUAAGACGCUAAUGACCAAUAAAACAGAACACGACAGCCAUGGCAGCAAGACUGUUGAAAUCAGCGAUAUGAAAUACAAUAUUUUCAAGAUGCUGAUGCAGUAUUUAUACUAUGGAGGAACAGAAUCUAUGGAAAUUCCCACCGCUGACAUCUUAGAGCUGUUGUCGGCUGCCAGCCUGUUUCAACUGGAUGGUCUCCAGAGACACUGUGAAAUCCUCUGUGCCCAGACGAUCAGCAUGGAGAACUCUGUUAACGUCUAUAAAUAUGCAAAGAUUCACAACGCACCUGAACUAGCCUCUUUUUGUGAAGGCUUCUUCCUCAAACACAUGAGCUCUCUUCUAGAACAGGACUCGUUCAAACAGCUGAUCUACAGCAGGAACAGCAAAGUGCAAGGCCUGGACCCUCUGCGGGACUUGCAGACAGCGCUGGCCAGCCGCCUGCACUCUGUGUACGUCACCUCCAGGGUGUGAAGCGGGAAGAAGGCGGUGGCAGGAGCACCGGUUCAAAACUGCACGGGGAUGCGUCGUCAGGCAAAGCUGCGGCUUGCCUUUUUGCCUUCUGGAUCUUGCCGAAAGCCCCCUACACCAGACACCCCCCAGGCAAGGGUGCUGCGCCUCGUCCCACUGACGGAGGGGGAGCUGGCUUCUCUGUGCUACUGCUGUCACAGAAACACUGUCACAGCGCAAACAAGAACUGAGGCUGCAAGUGAAGAACCUGAACCGAAGAGAAGAUCCACGCUGCCAUUUUAAACAAGCACAAUGCAGGGCUGUAGAGAAGCGAGGCGAUUUACCUAGACCCAACACCUAAUAUGUAGGCUUAAGUGUCUGUCUACACACCAUAAUGGCCACCUAGUUCAUACGCAUAGAUGUUUUACUUGUAAAAAGGCUGCAUAGAAGGAGUUUUCUAAUCUAUGGACCACUGCCCGUUCAACAAGUCAUCUGUCUGAACACAAAGGCUGGUGUACACAAUCUACUUCACUGCAGUAAUAAAUGCCAGUAUCUACACAUGUCAAGAGACUCUGACAUAAAUUUUCCCCCAAACUGUUUGCACCUUGUGAGAGAGAGAGAUUUUGUAGAUGUUCAAAGCUCAGUAGAAACUAACUCUGAAAUUACUCACUCUUUAAACCUAAUAUGAAGAACCGAGCUGGGGCAGGG